GCACAGGGUUGAAACGACACUUUCCACAGAUGUGUCUAAAUGUGGACGCAUUCAGCGCCCCAUUCAGACACAUCUGUCCCCGGUUGUCUGCGUGCCAUCUCUCUCUCUCUCCUCUCUCACUGUCUCUCUGUGUCUCUCUCUCUCUCUGUCUCUGAUAGUCAUUGACCAAGUAGCUCCGAGCGCAACGGAAGUCAAACUGGCCAGAGAAAACGGGCUAGAGAACAUAAACUUGAUUGGCUGGUUGGAAGAGCGCAAUGGAGUCCCGGGAGGAGAAUGUGUACUUGGCAAAGCUUGCCGAGCAAGCAGAGAGAUAUGAGGAGAUGGUGGAGCGCAUGGAUAAGGUCGCAAGAACUGCGGACAAAGAAGAAUUGACCAUCGAGGAAAGGAACCUGCUGUCGGUAGCAUACAAGAAUGUGAUUGGUGCUCGGCGGGCAUCAUGGAGAAUCAUAUCGUCUAUUGAACAGAAAGAGGAGAGCAAAGGCAACACGGACCAUGUGAAUAUCAUAAAGGAGUACCGUGCCAAGGUGGAAUCAGAACUGAGCAAUAUAUGUGACAGCAUCUUAAAGCUCCUUGAUACAUAUUUGAUCCCUUCAGCAUCCAGUGGCGAGUCCAAGGUGUUUUAUCUGAAAAUGAAGGGGGAUUACCAUAGGUACCUGGCAGAGUUCAAAGUCGACAAUGAUAGGAAAGAAGCGGCAGAAGCUACUCUUGUUGCAUACAAAACGGCCCAAGAUAUUGCUGUUGUUGAUCUGGCACCAACCCAUCCUAUACGUUUAGGGCUUGCUCUAAACUUCUCUGUGUUCUAUUAUGAAAUUCUCAACUCUCCUGAGAGGGCAUGCACCUUGGCGAAAACGGCAUUUGACGAGGCCAUCGCCGAGCUGGAUACGCUGGGUGAAGAAUCUUACAAGGACAGCACAUUGAUAAUGCAACUCCUGAGAGACAACCUGACGCUCUGGACCACAGACAUGCAGGAUGAAGCAGGGGACGCGGGCAAACCAGCAGCAGGUGGAGAGGAUAGCAAGGGAGAUGGUGGCGGUGAGAAGAGAUGAUAGAUGUCAUAUGGUAGUCAUAUGUGAACUCAGCUCCCUUUUAGACGCGCAGGCAAUUUUGCAGGCCCUUAUGUUGGCUCGUGCUUGACCACUACACCAUCGCAAAGCUUAAUACAUGCUGCAGAGACAAGAGUAAAACAUGACGAGAGAGGAACAGAGCGGAGGAGAGAAUAAUGUAUCCGCACUCCGCUGUUUCUGUGGACAUGUCUGUCAGUCGCUGCUGACGGCAGGAGCUAGUUCCUCGAUUUGAAUUCAUUCUUGGUGGCAAAAUACUUUAAAAAAACAGAGAUGUGUUUGCGGCCGAGUUUUUCUCUAUGGCCCAAUCUCUCUCAUGGUCCCGGAUUGGAUAGAGUGGCGCCAGUGAUUGAAGUGUUGGGGUUGAUGGUCUUUCCCUCUCGGUUAUUUGGAUUCAGUGAAAGAGACGUCUGGAGCGAUGGACGCAAGCGAAGUCUGCUGCUUAACAUUAUGCGCGACAAAGAGAUCAGAAACACAGGGAGGGUUUUCUUCUACAGGCCGACUCCUUCAGCAUUUUCCUGAGAAGCCAUGUGUGAAAGGACUAUGUGAGAUUUAUUUUUUAGGGUGAAAUGCCAUCAACUGUCGGAAGUUGACGGAAGAUAAAGAUUCUAGCUAAAAGCUGGACGUGAUUCAGCAUAGUGAAAAUUGCAUGAGGACCCCUGAACAUGCAGAAAUAGUAGGGUUGCCCCUCUCAGGCUCAAACAUCAACAAAAUUUGGCCAUUUCG